AUGAAUAAUGAUAAUACAACCAGAGAUAUUCUCUCUAUCCUGGUCGUUCAAAUGGCACCAAAUCAUGCAACAGAUGAGUCAUAUAUACGCAACAUCCACACCUAUAUAUGGGGUUGGGAGCUCAAUCCUAUCACCAAUUGCGUCCUCAAGACGAGCAUAGCUCGCAGUCAAACGAAAGGGGUUGUCCGAUACCAGUAUCAUGGCUAUCUAGUGGUCAUGUUUCAUAUAUUCCUGCUGUGGCUGUUGAUACCAACCAUUAUAUCUUGCAAGAUGUCUGGUGCCGUGCUUUCGCUACCGCAGUCGCAUCCUCGCGGACGGUGA